AUGAUUUGCAAUAAUGACACAUUUAAGAUGUUUACCAUCAAAAAAAUAAUUUAUGAAAAUCAAAAUCAAAAAAUUUACUUGGCUAACAUUAAAGAUAAGUUCAAAGUAAUUGUACUUAAAGUUGAAAUCGGUGAUUAAAAAUACAUCUAAACAUAAUACAAAAUACUUGACUUUUUAAAAUUUGUUUUGGGAGUGCCAUAAAUACUGAACUUCGGUUUUACUGCUGAUGAAAAGUAUAUAUCAAUUAUAUUUGAGGUUUUAUUAUUCUAUAGACUAUUAUGAUAAAUCUGUUUCCAAUAUUUUAAAAUAAUACGGAACUUUAAGUCUAUAAUCAGUGUUAUCAAUAGGAUUAUCUUUACUUAGAAUUUUAAGUGCUAUUCACAGAUAAGAAAUUAUUUAUUGUAAUAUUUGUCCAGAAAAUAUUGUAUUUUCUAAAGAAGGAUUAGAUCAUGAUUCUAAAAUUCAUUUAAUUGGUUUUGGUUAAGCAUUUUUUAAAUAUGACAAACCAAAAAAAAUUUUAAAUAAAGACUUUUUUCCUUAUUAAUCCUGCUUAUCUCAUAAUAAUCAUAUACUUUAUAAGAAGGAUGAUUUAGAAAGUUUGGGAUAUCUCUUAAUAAAAUUAAGAAAAGGUAUGAUUAUAUAUAAAAUUUGUAGGAACCUUACCAUGGGAAUAAUUGCCUCAAUAAUUGAUGAAUUAGAAGAAGUUUGAAUGUUUGAAAUCAAACGAAAUAUUUAAGGGACUUCCAUAUGAAUUUAAAUUGUACUUUAAAUAACUUGAAUAAUUUAAUGAUGAACCAAAACAUUAAUAUUUCAUUAAAUUACUAAAUGCAAUUAUGUUAAAAUAUUGCAAGACAACUCGACAUUGUAUUUAAGAACUAAAUUAAUUAACUCCAAUAUCUGAAGCUUCAGUUGAAACAAUAACAUCAAUAGAUAGUUUAUANAUGAGUUUGAAAUUACGAAUUUUAUUAUCUCUCUAAAUAAAUAAUAAUCAUUUAAUUUCUAAAUUAAUAUUAUUAACUUUCAUAAUUAAUACUGAUCAAAUUUUACAUCAUCAAAAUUAAAUAACAAAUAAAGGGAUGCUAAUUCUGAUCCAUAUAUAUAUGAAUGGUGGUUUAAUUAUUUCCAUAAUUUAUAUAUAUUUAUAAUUAUUUAAACUUCUCCAUUAAAAUAUGAUUUGCAAUAAUGACACAUUUAAGAUGUUUACCAUCAAAAAAAUAAUUUAUGAAAAUCAAAAUCAAAAAAUUUACUUGGCUAACAUUAAAGAUAAGUUCAAAGUAAUUGUACUUAAAGUUGAAAUCGGUGAUUAAAAAUACAUCUAAACAUAAUACAAAAUACUUGACUUUUUAAAAUUUGUUUUGGGAGUGCCAUAAAUACUGAACUUCGGUUUUACUGCUGAUGAAAAGUAUAUAUCAAUUAUAUUUGAGGUUUUAUUAUUCUAUAGACUAUUAUGAUAAAUCUGUUUCCAAUAUUUUAAAAUAAUACGGAACUUUAAGUCUAUAAUCAGUGUUAUCAAUAGGAUUAUCUUUACUUAGAAUUUUAAGUGCUAUUCACAGAUAAGAAAUUAUUUAUUGUAAUAUUUGUCCAGAAAAUAUUGUAUUUUCUAAAGAAGGAUUAGAUCAUGAUUCUAAAAUUCAUUUAAUUGGUUUUGGUUAAGCAUUUUUUAAAUAUGACAAACCAAAAAAAAUUUUAAAUAAAGACUUUUUUCCUUAUUAAUCCUGCUUAUCUCAUAAUAAUCAUAUACUUUAUAAGAAGGAUGAUUUAGAAAGUUUGGGAUAUCUCUUAAUAAAAUUAAGAAAAGGUAUGAUUAUAUAUAAAAUUUGUAGGAACCUUACCAUGGGAAUAAUUGCCUCAAUAAUUGAUGAAUUAGAAGAAGUUUGAAUGUUUGAAAUCAAACGAAAUAUUUAAGGGACUUCCAUAUGAAUUUAAAUUGUACUUUAAAUAACUUGAAUAAUUUAAUGAUGAACCAAAACAUUAAUAUUUCAUUAAAUUACUAAAUGCAAUUAUGUUAAAAUAUUGCAAGACAACUCGACAUUGUAUUUAAGAACUAAAUUAAUUAACUCCAAUAUCUGAAGCUUCAGUUGAAACAAUAACAUCAAUAGAUAGUUUAUAUCUCUCUCGACGAUCUGCAAUGCUUUCAAAUGUGAGUAGUGUAAAUUUGUUAACGAAUACUGAAUUAGACUCAUCUAUUGAAGAAAAGCUGAAGAAAUUAGAGUUGAUAACUAAAUAAUAUAAAUUAAUCAGUAACUUAUGA